CUUCCUUGGGCAUAGAGUAUCUUCGUACCUGCCACACGAUAUACACAUGACGAAUUUCGCCCCAAAUCGUAUUCGGAGUUGGCAGCACCCUCUCAGAUUACAAUGAAACUUUCUGGGUAUGUACACCAAGACUAGAUAAGCCACUUUGCAUACUUAGUUUCUUCAAAAUUUAUCUGGACUGACUUUUGAAAAGGGCUAAACUUUUUUAUGGAUUUUUUAAAAAUGUUUUUAAUCAAAAAAUGACUACUCCUACAAAAAAGUGUUGUAUGGGUGAUUAUCACAAAAUAAGUCAAAUUUUAAGAAAAAAAUACUGAAAAAAAUUCAAAAUGAGCCCUACACUGAAAAAAAUCAUUUCUAAAAAUUCAAAGUUGAUUUAAAAAAAACACCAUUUUUUAUUUUGAUGAAAUUUUGUCUCAAGACAUGUAAUUAUGUUCCCUACCAACCGUCCAUACAUCACAAGAUGGGCACUUUUAAGGAAAAAAAGUUUUUCUAACAAAAACUUUUUCAUGUCCAAAUUAUUAUUUUUUCAGUGUCUUUUUUAAAAACAAACUAAACCAGUGAAGGUUAUCAGUAAUCUCAAAAUGCAAUGAAACUUAUUGUGUCAUAUGCGACAAUGGAAUGCACCCAUAUUCACGCAGCAGCACUCUAGAAGUACGAAACAAUAUACAAUUAGAACACGCAUUUCAUACGUGCUGCUGUAAUUUCUACCCAAACGUUUCUACCCCAUGUUCUUACCUAAUAUUCGGUAAGGCUAUUUAUUAGAUUCGAACUACCUAAUCGAAAAAAAAAACAAAUCAAGAGUUGUACCUAAAGCAAAUAUGAACAAAACAAGAAAAUGAAUCGGUAUCAUUCAACGUGUUACUUCUCUUUGGUUAUUAAAGGCAGUUCUGAAAAGUAAUGGAUCAAUCGUAUAAAUCAAAAUUCAACAAAUUCAAGUGCAGUGCAAAAAAAAAACAAUCCAAAGUGCAACCGUCAUAAUCUACGGGGCAUGUCAUUAAGAUUGAUAGAUAAAAUUCAUUCCAUGGGAUAUACACAUGAAAUCGACGAAUCGAUGAGUAUUUGUGAGUCAUGUCGUGGAUUGAUAAGUCACAACAGAAGCCCGAAUACGAAAAAACGCCGAUCGGAUGGAAACGACGAAACUAUGCAACCAUCAUUUAGUGGGCAGCAACAUCAUGAUGUUCCAGAACCAGAACCGUCAACGAGUGGUCAACAAAUCGAACAUGAGCUGGAUAUGGUACCAUCUAUUCCAUCAUUGGAGUCAAUUCCGUCAACAGAUCAACUACAGGGUCCCCAUAAUAUUGAGAAGUUUAAUACCAUUGCUGAAACAUUGAGUUUAUCGCCAAUCUCAUCUAGAAACAUGAGAAGUAUGGAAUAUCGCAUAAACAAAUCAUUGCAGAUUACGAAAGCAGUUCGAAAAAAUAUCUUCGGAAUAGAUUCAACGGAUGUUGGCAAAGUGGAGGCGUAUGACGAGAUAAUUAUGCAGUUAAAGGAUAAGUUCAAUCACCCUACAACUGACAGAAGCGAACAGAUUAAAAUACUAUCUGUACUUCCUAAGUCUUGGUCGGUAAAUAAAAUCACAAGAGAGUUUAACGCACCAAUGUAUAUGGCGAGGCAGGUGAAGGAUCUUGUUUAUGAACAGGGUAUUCUUUGUACCACCGAAAAAAGAAAGGGGCAUGGUAUUGAUGACGAUACAAAACAAAUAGUAAGAGAAUUUUUUGAUGAUAAUGAUAUCAGCAGGCCAAUGCCAGGAACAAAUGAUUUUGUUUCUGAGGUUCGAAAUGGAAAAAAACAACAAGUUCAAAAACGACUUUUGAUGAUGUCACUCAAAGAGGCUUAUAUGAUUUUUGUAGAUAUGUACAAAACUGUGAAUAUUGGUUUGAAGUAUUUACACAGUUGCGACCAAAGCAUUGUAUUUUACUUGAUUCUACUGGUAUACAUAAUGUAUGCAUAUGUACUAUUCAUGAAAAUGUAAAUUUAAUGUUCAACAGUAUAAGAAUUGUGUCACAAGAUGAAAUAAUACAAAAAAUGCUUUGCGAUAUUUCCACCAGAACAGAUAAUUGCUUUUUCCGUGCUUGUGAAAAGUGUGCUUGUAAUGAACACAUUGAAGAGGAACUUACAUUGAUAUUAGAAUCAAAUGACAAAGAAGAGAUUAUAUUUCAGCAGUUGUUGAAUACUGAUCGCUGUAAUUUAGAAACGAUUAUUAAACCUGUUGAUGAAUUUGUUCCGUAUCUUGUUGAUAAAAUUGACAAACUUAUAACACACGACUUUAUUCAUAAACAACAAUCAUCAUUUCUCAGAAAUAAAAAAGAUACAUUAAAGGAUGAUGAAAUUCUUGCGAUUUGUGAUUUCUCUGAAAACUAUUCAUUCAUAAUUCAAAACGCUGCUCAAGGAUAUCAUUGGAACAACUCGCAAGCAACAAUACACCCAUUUGAAAUUUACUAUAUGAAAGAUAAUAAACUUGUAAAUGUUAGCUUCAUUAUCAUAUCGGAAGUAAUGGCUCACGAUACAGUUGCGGUCCAGUUGUUCAUCUCAAAAAUGAUAGAUUUUAUGAAACAAUUAACGAACUUUUCUAAAAUUUAUUUUAUGUCUGAUGGGGCAGCAUCACAAUACAAAAAUAAGAAGAACUUUGCUAGUCUAUGUAGGUUCCAGUCAAAGCAUGCAUUAAGAGCAGAAUGGCAUUUUCUUGCAACGUCCCACGGUAAAGGUCCAUGUGAUGCUAUUGGUGGCACUCUCAAGCGAAUGGCAAAGAGAGCAAGUCUUGCUCGAGAUUAUGGAAAUUCCAUAACAACUCCACGAGAGUUAUAUAACUGGGCAGUUGUACAGACAGAUAAAAAUAUAACUAAAUUAAAUUUCUGUUACGUAUCCACUGAUGUAUUAAAAUGUCAGAAGAUCUCGAAGAAAUAUAUAAUAACGCCAAAACAAUACCAGGCACUCAGAAAUUCCAUAGUUAUUUGCCUAUUCCUGGCGACAAAGUAAAGGCAAACAGGUAUUCUAAUUCAGAAGAUGAACCAAAAAUAUUUAGUAUGAUCGGAAAAAAUAGAAAAGAACAUGUUUGAAAUUGGCUCUAAGACACAUAU